CAACAGCAUUUUUUGAUCCACAUUUUUCUCAAUUCCUGACAACUGCAAAGGAGCCAUGAGUCUCACAGCGAAAGACAAGACCGUUGUGACGAAGUUCUGGGAUAAAGUUGAGGGGAAGUCCGCCGAAAUUGGUGGCGAAGCUCUGGGCAGGAUGUUGGUCGCCUACCCGCAGACCAAGGCCUACUUUUCCCACUGGGGGUCCGACCUGAAUCCUCAGCACCCAAUGGUGAAGAAACAUGGUGCAAUUAUCAUGGGGGGCAUAGGCAAAGCCGUCAAAAACAUUGAUAAUCUUACCCGUGGUUUGAGCGCCCUCAGUGAGCUGCACGCCUUCAAGCUCCGGGUGGAUCCCGCCAACUUUAAGAUCCUGGCCCACAACGUCAUCCUGGUUACGGCCAUGUACUUCCCCGCAGACUUCACUGCAGAAGUCCACGUCUCCGUUGACAAGUUCCUGCAGAGAGUGGCUUUGGCUCUGUCCGAGAGAUACCGCUAAGCCCUGCAGCGACCCAGGAGCAUCGACUGCCUCCAGGUGGCAGCUCAUCCAACAGCGUCAACAACCCAACAACCCUGCCCAUGUGUAGGGAUUAGUUCAAUAAAAAUACAAACAUCAAAAUGU